ACUACAGACUGUGGGUUUGAUUGACAGGCUCCGGUUGAAGACACGCCCCUUUGCUUCCUGUGUUGACAUGUUUGCACAGUGUCACGUCGGCCGGUCGUAAAUAAGAGUUAGAGACUGAUGAGUCUCACGAGGGCCGUGAACGUUCAGGGUCGACUUUGUUCGUCUUUGUUCGCUAACGUCAGACGUUUAAAGCGUUUAAAUGAUGCACAAAAAUCACAGUAUGUCUUUUUAAAAAAGGGGGCGGUUCUCAUCUUCACCUGUGUUGAGAGGCUGAAUCCAAUUAGGUGAUUAGGAGUGGGCGGAGCCAGGUGAGCCAUUUUGGAAUUUGGUCAAAAGACAAAACACCAAAAAAAAACAAAAAAAAACCAGGUGUGUGUGUGUGUGUGAGUGAGAGUGUGAGAGAGACUCACUGUGAUGGGGUUCAGAGGAGCAGAGCUGCUGGGAUUUGUGCUUCUCUUCUCAUGUGGAAACAUCGGCGUGGAGACGGAGAGUCCGAGUCCGAGUCCAGCAGAGCAGGUGACCGUGAGCUCACAGCUGCCCAGCUCGUCACAGGCCGGCGAUCCACUCCGCUUCCCCGUCAGCUACAGACUGAAGAGCGACCAGCUCAGGAAGCGGCCUCGCACGCACACCCUGACAAACCUGCCGCCGGAGUCGGCCUCGGAUCUGACUGUGAUUAAACUGCCAAUGCGAGGCCCAGACCUGAACCCGCCUGUCAGACAGGAACCUAAAGUAAUCCUCUUGGAGGAGCGUGUGCACGUGCCGGCCCACAGCGUGGCAGUGCACUGUGGCGAGCGCGAGGUCACCGUGGAGGUCAAACUGAAUUUCCUGGGCAACGGUCAGCUGAUCCGCCCGAGUGACCUGACGUUGGGAGGCUGCACGUCGUCAGGAGCCGCUGACCACGUCGUGCUGUUUAAUACGGAACUGCACGGCUGCAGCAGCACAGUGAAGGUGACUGAUGACGCCCUCGUCUACUCCUUCACCCUGAUCUACUCUCCGACACCCGUAGGCAGCACCUUCAUCUUUAAGACCAACUCUGCUGAGGUGGGAAUCGAGUGCCACUAUCAAAGGAGACAGUACGUGAGCAGCAGCGCCGCCUUGAGGUCGACGUGGACGCAGCACGCCACAGACGCGGUCGCCGAGCAGCGGCUCGGCUUCUCCCUGCGUCUCAUGACAGAGGGCUGGCAAUCGCCGAGGCCGUCCAGCGUUUACUUCCUCAGUGACGUGAUGCACGUGGAGGCCGCCGUGCUGCAGGGUCACCACGUCCCACUCAGGGUCCACGUGGACAGAUGUGUGGCCACGGCCAAGCCCGAUCCCGGCUCGGAUCCCAGAUACCCGUUCAUCAACAACCACGGGUGUUUCACUGACGCUAAGCUGACAGGAGCCAAGUCUUACUUCCUGCAGAGGAGUCAGGAGAAUAAACUGCACUUUCUGCUCAAGGCUUUCAAGUUCCACACGGAUCAGAGGAAUUCAAUGUACAUCACGUGUCACCUGAAGGCGACGAUGGUCUCUGUUCCCGUCGACUGGCAGCACAAAGCCUGCUCGUUCCUCACCGAGGCCAACAGAUGGGUGGCAUCAGGUGGAGACAAUAACGUGUGUCGCUGCUGUGAAAGCAGCUGUGUGGAGCAGCAGAGGCGGAAGAGAGGCCUGGCAACGCGCACUGGUCUUCCUGUGCUGUGGGAGGAGGAGACGCUCGUCGUGGGGCCCGUGGAGCUGCAGGAGGACGUCCUGCAUGUGGACCUGGACCUGGACCAGGACGAGUGUCCUUCAGAGUCGCUGUCUCUGCUGCGGACCCACGAGGAGGUUCACGCAGAAUAA